GGACCAUCUCACAGGCGUCAUCCACAGGCCUACGCGUCAGAAUUACCACUCCAAGUCACUUAUUUUAGUUUGCCUUAGAUCGGGUUCGCCAAGAUGACCUAAAAUAUGGUGGUGGACUACAACUUUGAGCCUCCCCAGCUGGCGAGAUAAUUCCAAGUUGACCUUCGACUCCCAUUCCAGACCAGAUGUUUUCAUGAUGGGGGCGACGAGGAGCAUCGCAAGCUCCUGGGGGAUGCACAUUCCGGGUUUGGCGAGAAAGUACAUGUUCAUUCUGUUCGCUGCCGCUUGUUUCUCGCUGCUGUUGCUUGCUACUGCCCUGCCCGAGACCGUCGGCUUCGACACCCAAUGGAUCUAUAAGUACUACGGCGACGGCUCCGAAAAGCCAGUUGCAAAUGGCAUUCCCUUGCGGAUUAUGACGCUGGGCGCGUCCGUAUGUCGAGGCGAUCUAUCAAAUGGCACCGUGGGUUUUCGCCAGCCACUGCGCGACAAGCUGGUCUCUGUCGGCAACAUGGUGAACAUGGUUGGGUCUGAAAGAGUCGGCGAGAUGAAGGACAACGACGUUGAGGCACAUGGAGGAAACAGGGUCGACCAAGUACACGAGUGGGCUACGCACAGCGUCCCUGGCACAAAACCCAAUCUAUUCAUAAUGAAUGUCGGGUCGAAUGACUGCCUGCAGCAUUACGACCUGCCGAACUACAACGUCCGACUGAACGACUUCAUCAAUUACCUGUUACAGGAGUCGCCGAGGGGUACUGUCAUGAUGUCGACCUUGUUGACCAACACCGUUCCAGAUGUUGAGCCGUGCAUCUUGUAUCUGAACCAGCAGAUCAGAGAGCUGUACAAGGCGCUAAGCGAGCAAGGCAGACCGGUUGUAUUGGCAGAGAUGCAUGACCAUUAUGUGCCAGAGGGUGACACCCUGGAGCGGCCGCAUCCGCCAGAUAUCACGCCUGAUGGUACACACCCGGAUGACGUAGGCUAUGCAAAGAUGGCCCGAAUCUUUUACCAGACCAUUCGUGAAGCAAACAGGAAAGGCUUCUUCCAGAGAGCAGAGGAUGUCGGCAUCCCUGAUGAUGGAGAUGUUGGAAGGGAGGUAGAGACGCAAAUAUUGGCUGAUCAACUUGAAACUGUGCCACCACCCUUCCGUAACCGCCGGUUUGCUCGGCGCAAGCUAUAGAUAGACCAUGGUAUAUGUUAGAAAACCGAGAACACGAAGCUCUAAGGCUAUUCGUACGUCAUAGCCCUUACGUGUGUCGCUUCACUACAUCGCCAUGGCUGUAUCAAGAUGAUCGCAACAGAUUGCGUUUCCCAAGUUCAAGAUGUUGCUUUUCUGCCCUAACAGUGUUUCGAUUAUUGUCA